AUGGCCAACCCUCCCCACGCGACCAGCACAAAUGUUACAAGUCCAAGAAGCGACGAGGACAACAGCUCUCCGUCAGAGACAACGGCAAAGGGCGUCAGCCAUGCCGAAUCUGCGCGCCCAAGACCCUCUGCCGUAGACGAAGAGCUCUACUCUGUCCCAGACGAGUAUAGCAACCUCGACGAAGUCGCAGCUCCUUGGCCUGUUGAAAACGUCGCCGAUGGUCCCGUCUACCGUCAUUCAAGCCUCGAGGCCGUGCGCAGCCACGAGCAACAAUGGCGUGCAAGACGCUCACAGGAGUUGCCCGAACCGCCAUCAGAAGCGGAAGCUCGCAAGGAAAUUGUGUCCAAAUUUCUCACCAAACUAUACACCCUAUCAUACUUGGUCUUCUUCGCGUUGAUGGGCACGCUGGCGCGACUAGGUCUGACGGCUCUAACACAUUACGUCGGUACGCCCGUAAUUUUUCCCACCAUCUGGGCAAACUUUGGCGGUAGCCUCGUCAUGGGUUUCCUCGCCGAGGAUCGAAUGUUGUUCCGGCAUGAAUGGGGGACGCCGACGUACGAUCGGGCUCUUGCCCGUGCCAAGGCGCAGAAUCAUGAGCAGAGCGCGUCGUCCACAUCGGACUCAAUGCCGGCGCCUGAUAUUGCCAGCGCAAAGAAGCAACAUGUCGCGACCAAAAAGACGAUUCCCCUGUACAUUGGGUUGGCGACUGGGUUUUGUGGAAGUUUUACCAGUUUCUCAGCUUUUAUCCGCGAUGUGUUUCUGGCCAUGUCGAAUGACCUGGUGACGCCGGCAUCUGGGACGGAGACUCAAAGUCGGAACGGGGGAUACUCCUUCAUGGCCAUGUUGGCGGUCAUCAUCACGACCGUGGGACUGUCGUUGGCAGCGCUGGUCUUUGGCGCGCACCUGGCCAUCGCCACGGAGCGAAUCGUCCCUUCGAUACCCUUCCCAAUUACGCGAAGACUCCUGGAUCCCUUGUUCGUCCUGCUGGGAUGGGGAUGCUGGCUUGGUGCCGUCUUCAUGUGCAUCUUUCCUCCGCACGAUCGGUGGCGGGGACAAGCCACGUUUUCCCUGGUAUUUGCGCCUCUUGGGUGCCUGGCCAGGUUCUAUCUCUCCAUCUAUUUGAAUGGUAAAGUCGCCGCGUUUCCCCUGGGAACGUUUGCCGCCAACGUCAUCGGUACUGCUGUGCUUGGCAUAGCGUGGGAUAUUGCGCACGUUCAGAUCGGCGGCAUCGUUGGAUGUCAGGUGCUGCAGGGCGUAGAGGAUGGAUUCUGCGGCUGCUUGACGACGGUGUCUACGUGGGUUGCGGAGCUGAAUAGUUUGCGGAGGAGAAACGCGUAUACAUAUGGCGCGACGAGUAUUGUGGUCUCGUUUGCCAUCAUGGUGCUCGUUCUUGGAGGCUUGAGGUGGACUGACGGCUGGUCUGCCCUGGUCUGCUAG